AUGAGUGACCCCCGACCGCCCAAGUCACCUCGCAAGGGCAAGUACGUCAACAUUCGGAUUGCAUUCUUGAACGACACGGUUCAUGUCUUCCAGGUUCCGGUGAAAGGCGUGGGAUUACUUCUUUGGGAGGCAGUGGUCAACCAUCUCCAGCUGUUGGAGGCUGACUACUUUGAUCUAGAAUACACAAACCACAAUGGCGAUGAUUGCUGGUUGGACAAAGACAAGGCUGUGCUCAAACAGAUUGGCUCGCCAGAUAUACCGCUCCGUUUCUGUGUCAAGUUCUACACGCCCGACCCUGGGCUGCUCGAGGAUGAGCUCACCAGAUAUUUAUUUGCCUUACAAAUCCGCAAGGACCUCCUGCGAGGAGAGCUCAGGUGCAGCGAGAACACCGCUGCCUUGCUAGCCUCCUACAUCGUCCAGGGCGAGAUUGGCGACUUUGACAUCGAUGAGUACCAGGACCCCACCUACCUGGCUGUGUUCAAGUUCCUGCCCGAACAUCUGCAGACCCAUGAGUUUAUGGCCAAGGUUAUGGAUUAUCAUAAACAGCACGU